AUGAUAUCAGCUUUGAAGAAGAAAUUCAGUGGGGUAGACAAUGGUGAUCGUCAUGGCGGUAAUGAGCUUGAACGUAUGCCGCAUGGUAUUGCUGCUCUUGACCUAGAACUACAAAGGAAAUAUGCGAAAGGAGUACAAUAUAACAUGAAAAUUAUAAUACGUGGUGACCGAAAUGUUGGAAAGACUUCUCUAUGGCGGCGUCUACAAGGUUUGCCAUUUCUGGAUGAUUAUGCACCAACUAAUGAAAUACAGGUUGCGUCUAUACAAUGGAACUAUCGUACGACAGAUGACGUUGUCAAAGUAGAUGUAUGGGAUGUAGUUGAUCAAAGCACAAAGAAGCGUGUGAAACCAGAUGGUCUGAAACUGAAGAAUAUGGAGUCGAAAUUCAUAGAAGUUGCUUGUGAUGCGCAGUUUGUUGAUGUCUACAAAGGCGCCAAUGGAGUUAUACUUAUGUUUGAUAUUACUAAAAACUGGACAUGGGAUUAUGUGACCAGAGAAUUGGACAGCGUUCCUAGCAAUAUACCAGUACUGAUUAUAGGAAACAGGCGGGACAUGGGUCAUCAUCGACAAGUUUCCGAGGAUAUUUGUCGACUAUUUGUAGAAACCUAUAAACGAAAUUAUACUAAGAUUUACGACUAA